CACACACACACACACACACACACACACACUCACAGGCCGCUCUCUGUUCUCUCCGAGGGAACAAUCCCAACAAUAAACUGAGAUUCUGGAAACAUGAAACUGGACAACACAAGGCUGGAAGGCCUGAACAGACCGCGGGCGAGAGACACCGACUGUCUGUAGAGCAACAGGAGAGAGAGAGAGAGAGAGAGAGAGAGAGAGGUGGAGGUGUGACCGUGGAGGAGGUGGAGGAAGAUGUUGAGACCCUGCAGGCUGCUGCUCUGGCAGGUGGCUCUCAGGUUGUCUUAUCAUGUUGUUACAGCCAGUCUGUGUCUGGGGGGUUCGGACAUCUUCUCGUCGGUCAGAGAGAACAGUCCGAUGGGCGAGUUCAUCGCUAACCUCAAUGUCAGAGGAGAACCAGGAACCAGCGCCGUCCGACUGUGUCUGACCGGAGAAUAUGCCGACUGGUUCUACCUGGAGGGUCGGACCAUUAGACUGAACACCUCCGCCUCCAGAGUCCUCGACCGAGAGGUUCUGGGAUCAGUGCUGAUAGCGGAGCUGACCUGUUAUGAGGAUGAUGUCAUACAGAGUCAGUACAGGAUUGUGGUGGAGAUUGUGAAUGAAAAUGACAACAAACCGCAUUUCCUGGAGGAGACGAUUCCACCAUUCACUGUCAAUGAGCUGACGGCAGUGAACUCUGUGGUUUUCUCUGUGAAGGCUGUCGAUGCAGACGGAGACAUGAUCAGUUAUAUCAUCGAUCAAUCAUCGCGUGACGCGUGGUUCUUCAGGAUCGAUCUACCCAACAGUGGAAACGUCGUUCUGAACAAAGCUCUGGACUACGAGACUAGAACUCAGCUGCAGGUGAUCAUCUGGGCCCAGGAAGCGAACACUGUGGAGAAGUUCAACAUGUCUACUGUUCUGACGGUCAACAUCGAGGACGGAGACGACCAGUAUCCUUACUUCCUGCCCUGUACACCUGUCUCUCCGGCUGUUCCUGUUUGUAUGAGCCCCACCUACACUGCCAACAUCACACACAAGCAACAGGAUGUAGUUCUGGAGUUUUCUCCUGGUCCAAUCAGAGCAGAGGAUGGAGACCGAGGAGUCAACACUCCUCUGACGUUCUCCAUCCUGUCAGGUCAGUCUGUCUGUGUACAGGUAUGUAGAGUUGUGUACAGGUGUGUAUGGGUGUGUACAGGUGUGUACAGAUGUGUACAGGUGUGUACAGGUGUGUACGAGUGUGUACAGGUGUGUACAGAUGUGUACAGGUGUGUACGGGUGUGUACAGGUGUGUACGAGUGUGUACAGGUGUGUACGAGUGUGUACAGGUGUCUACAGGUGUGUACAGAUGUGUACAGGUGUGUACGAGUGUGUACAGAUGUGUACAGGUGUGUACGAGUGUGUACAGGUGUCUACAGGUGUGUACAGAUGUGUACGAGUGUGUACAGGUGUGUACGAGUGUGUACAGGUGUGUACAGGUGUGUACAGGUGUGUACGAGUGUGUACAGGUGUCUACAGGUGUGUACAGAUGUGUACAAGUGUGUACAGGUGUGUACAGGUGUGUACGAGUGUGUACAGGUGUGUACAGGUGUGUACAGAUGUGUAGAGGUGUGUACGGGUGUGUAUAUGUGUGUAGAGUUGUGUACAGGUGUGUACAGGUGUCCUUGUGUGUCAGCAGGUGGUGAUCGUGGCAGGUUUGUGAUCAACAACAGUACAGGUGAGAUCAGGUUAACCAGACCUGUGAACAGCCAACCAAUGAUGACGAACUUCACUCUCACUGUCAUGGUGUGUCAGGUGAAUGACCGGCUGAAGUACAGCGUGGCGUCGGCCCUGGUCAGAGUUCUCAGUGAGAACAUGUUCCCUCCGGUCUUCAACAGAACCACCUUUAAAGGUUUCAUCAUCCAGAGCUCUAGCCCCGCCUCCAUCGUCUCCACCUAUGGGAACCAGGUGUUACAGGUCCAGGUGUCAGACCGUGACUUCACUGACGGCCGGAAUCCAAACAUCCACUACUCCCUCCACCCUCCAUCUGGACUGUACCAAAUCACCCAGGGGGGGGUUCUGAUCGCCAGGACGGACCAACUGCAUGCCUUUGACCGACACAUACUUCAGGUUGUAGCCAGAGACGAAGAAUCAGGAGACGAAGUUUCAGCUUCAGUGGACAUUGAAGUCCUGCAGAGAGGACAGCAAGUCCCUCGUGGUGCGUUCACUGAGCAGCCGUUGUUCGGAGACGUGGACAGCAGGCUGGCUGGAGGAAUCGCAGCGAUGAUCCUGCUGCUGUUUCUGUCUUCUGCUCUGUUUCUGCUGCUUCGAACCGUGAGGAGAAGACGACAAAGAAACGCUGACGAACACACACCCGUUGCUCUGGGAAAACAUCCCAACGUGACGUUAUCGUGGUUUCACACGGUGAGCUCCAGUCGACCGGCGUUCUCAGCGGACGAGUCUCCGUUCAGCAGCAGAAGUUUCAGGCAACAGUCUUCUUCAAAGUCGGGGAGUUUCCACGGCAGACAGGGAGUCUACACCAGGAGACAGUCGCUGCUUCCUCCUCCUUCAUCAUCACCAUCAUCACCAUCAUCAUCAAACAUCUCCAGCGUUCCAGGAGGAAGAUCCAGACCGCACACCGAUCUGUUUCCUGUCCCAGAGAAACCGGAGGGUCAACCUGAGGACACAGAAACCCUCAGGUUUUAUGACACCAGAGGGGGUGUGCAGGGCCCAGGUGGUGACAUCACAGCAGAGACUCUCAGAGAGACGACGACAUGAAAAACAAACCAAUCAGAGGCCUCAGAGGACCCGCACAGGGAGAUGGUCUCUGAAGAGUCCACAUCAGAGGGAACGUCUCUGCGGCAGCCAAUCACAGGCCAGGAACAUUAAUCUGACUCCCUGCGGCAGCCAAUCACAGGCCAGGAACAUUAAUCUGACUCCCUGCGGCAGCCAAUCACAGGCCAGGAACAUUAAUCUGACUCCCUGCGGCAGCCAAUCACAGGCCAGGAACAUUAAUCUGACUCUCGCGGCAGCCAAUCACAGGCCAGGAACAUUAAUCUGACUCUCUGCGGCAGCCAAUCACAGGCCAGGAACAUUAAUCUGACUCUGCGGCAGCCAAUCACAGGCCAGGAACAUUAAUCUGACUCCCUGCGGCAGCCAAUCACAGGCCAGGAACAUUAAUCUGACUCCAGGCGGCAGCCAAUCACAAUCUUUAACAAUAAAUCAUGUUUACUUUUC